GUCAUAUCCGGCUAUAAGCUAUAUCAAUAGUUCCCACAGUUUCCACAUCAAACCCAUAAUCAGCACGCCUCUACCAGCCCACAAUCACCCUCUCUUCUCCUUCCCCACAUCAUCCACAUUCCUCUCCUUCUCUCUAUAUAUCAUAACUCCAAAAUAUAAUCUCUCUCUCUCUCUCUCUCUCUCUCUCUCUCUCUCUCUUUAUAAUGUCCAUAAACCAGUUCUCUGCAGACGUUCCAGAAACUCUCUGGUGGGCUCAACAACACCACCACCACCGACAGUCCAUCAUGGAACCAAACCCAAACGCUCCUUCCUCUAAACCACACAAGCUCCCUAUCUCAAACCCCAAUUCUUCUUGGCCUUCCCACCUCUACCCUCACUAUCACCACCCCCAUCCCAUGUUCUCUCCCCAUAACCCCAGUCUCAGUUUCAAUCUCAACCACGGGGACGAUGAAGAACAAGACCCUGAAGAAGAGCCACCCCUCAAGCGACAUGAACAACAAGUUCACCAAGAACUGGAAAAAGAACCCAUGUUCGAGAAACCCUUAACACCAAGUGAUGUUGGGAAGCUAAACCGUUUAGUAAUACCAAAACAGUAUGCGGAGAAAUAUUUCCCUCUGGGCUGUGACUCGGUUGAUAAAGUUCUUUUACUGAGUUUCGAGGACGAAUUAGGCAAGUUCUGGAGGUUCAGGUAUUCUUAUUGGAGCAGUAGCCAGAGCUAUGUAUUUACAAAAGGGUGGAGCAGGUAUGUGAAGGAGAAGCAACUCGAUGCAGGCGACAUCGUUUUAUUCGAACGACACCGUAUGGAUAGUGAGAGGCUGUUUAUAGGGUGGAGGAGGAGAGGGGAUAACAGCGGCAGUGGAGUGGUGGUGCAGGGUAGCAGUGGUGGGGUGUGGAGUAGGGGAUUGUAUUAUUCUUCUUCUUCAUCUGGGCACCAACCUUAUCAACAUGGCCAUGGGGCUAACCUUACUGCUUGUGUCCCAUAUCAACCUGAGGGUCUCCAUGCAGGGUCUGGUGUGCAGAACCAGACAAUACCAUUGGGGAACUCAAAGAGGCUGAGGCUAUUUGGAGUGAACUUGGAGUUCCAACUUGAUGAAUCGGAACCAUCCAGACCAGAUGGUUCGUCUUUUUCGAGCCAGGGUCCAACGCCACAGCAACUCUACAGCUUUCACUCAGCUUAUUCUUCUUCUUCAAAUAGCAGCCAUGGUCACAUGGCUAUAACUUUAUCAAGAGAUGUCAACCAGACGAGAAAUCACCGAGGAUAAGAUCUGUGGAUGUGACGUUCCUCGAUUUGACUUAAUUGAACACUCCCCUAUCUCCCUUCCCUACCCCUUCCUCCACUUGGAAGGUGAAAAAGAUUUUAUGAAAAAUAUUUCUUUCUAUAUAUAUAUAUAUAUAUAAAAGAAUCCCUGAAUUUCAGGUGCAAAGUUCAAGCCAGGUAGAAAAGAGGGGAGUGGAAAAAAAAAAUGGAGAAAAUUUUAGAAGUGGGGAAAAGCCAAAGGGAUGAGAGAUGGGGUCCAAUGAAGACAGAAAGGAGUAGUGGGAACAAAUGGUGACAUAAGGAAAUUGCCAAAUGGGAAAAUUUUUUGGUGGGUUGGGAAUUGAAAUUGAGGGAGGAAUCUAUUUACACUGUUGAGAUUCUGCCUGAAGAUUUUUCAUAAGGUAUCAUAAUCAUAAUGGAAGAGGGUGGUAUGGUGGUGGAUGGAUGGAUUGACGGGAGGGUGGUGGCCGGCCUUCAAUUCAUGGAUGGCAGCCAAGUAAUGUAGUUGCCUCUCUCUCUCGCUCUCUCUCUCUCUCACUCUACAUGUCAAUUUAUCCAAACAUCAAGCAAAGGCAAAGCUGUUUUUGAUGCUUCAACAUUGUUUCUCUUAUGUAAUUGUAAGUUAUUGCAAGUCAGGAAAAAAGCAAAAUUUUUCAGUGGCAGGUUUCAGCUUCAACUUUAUGGGCUUUGGGCAGUUAAGCAGGUUCAAAUCCAAUUAGAAUUCAUCUUUAAAUAAAUUAACCACUUUAGGCUUUUAUUUUCUCAGAAAAGAAAAUUUAUGUGAAGGCUGCAGACAAGUAGAGCACUAUCUGAUAAAUGAUUACGGAUCCAUUUCCAAGGUCUUUUCAAACAUCCUAAUCAGCAACAAAUCCAAUCUGUGUAACAGAACUGAGUACAGCAAGUGCAUAUUGUCAAUUCAGAACAAAAUAUAUGCUCAUACUAUUGUGGGCUUAUAAAAGAAGGGAGAAAAGAUCAGGUAUCAAAUAUUGCAGUCCACCAAUUAGAAAUAGCUUUUAAAGUAUUAAAGCAAAGCUUAGAAAACAGAUCACUUUGCACAGCAUCAUGAACCACAGCCUUGUCGCUUGUGACCACAUGUUCAACACAACUUGCAAAUGAAGUGAAAAGAUUGAUAUAAUUGAUCAAUAAAUUAACAAAAGAAUAGCAGAGAUAUGUGCAUUACCUGAGAGGGAAUGACCAGAAACAGUGUCAAGUGAUUGUCAGGGCUAAAAAAGAUUGGGACAGGAGAUACCA